AUGUGUGUAUUUCCACCUUUUUUUAAAAUCAAACUACUGUGCGGUAGUGCCAUAAAAAUUGAAACUUUAGUCUGCAGCAAUUCUACAAAUUUUACUAUAAUUAGAAACUAUGCUAAAGGUAAAGACAAAGGAAAAGAUAAGAAAGGAAAAGGUGCCAAAAUACAAGUAGAUCCUGCUCAAAUGUCGGAGCUUGUGGCCGUGGAUAAAAUAAAAGAAAGAUGUAAUGCAGUUAUUGAUAAAAUGAAGGAGGAUUUCGCAAAAAAUCUAUCCUUACGCUCUACGACCGGCUCUAUCGACUCGUUGCCAGUGAAAUUUCAAGGCAAAGAUUACGAAUUACAAGAAUUGGCUCAGAUAGUCCGCAAAAACCCCAAAACUAUAGUGAUAAACUUUGCUUCAUUUCCUCAAGCUAUUCCUGAUGCUCUAAAAGCCAUUUCUACUUCUGGAUUAAACUUGAAUCCCCAACAGGAUGGUACCACACUUUAUGUUCCUGUCCCCAAAGUGACAAAAGAGCAUAGAGAAGCUUUAGCAAAAAACGCUAAGGCUUUGUAUAUAAAGUGCAGGGAUGCUCUCAAAGAUGUCCAAAAUGAUUUCAUUAAAAAAGCCAAAAAGCAAACUGGAGUUUCUGAAGAUCUAGUGUUCAGUGUUACUAAACAAAUUACUGCCAUGUGUGAAGAGUUUCAUAAUCAGGCCAAGAAUAUUUAUGAAACCAAACACAAUGAACUUGUAGGCAAAUGAAAUUUGCUGAAAUUGUUGCAUUUGUUAAUGUAGGUAGAUUAGAAAUGUAGAUAAAAUGCUAAGCACAAGAAUUUUUGAAAAUAAAAGAAUUGUUUCAAACAAUAAA